AUGAGUCAGGCUAUAUGAUGCUGCUGCUACUGCUGCCAUUUCAUCAGCAGCGAAACCCCACAAACACACAGCGAACACACAAGUGAUACGGCGGGAUUCCCCCCUCUGACAGCGAGCAUCCUGCCCUCACGAACAUCCACGCGUGUCGGUGUGUGAACACACAACACACGCUUGUUGUCCGUGGUUUAUUCGUGGCUCCGGGUGAAAGCGCAACAUCCGUUUUUUCUCUUCUUCUUCUUCUUCUGUUGCACCUGCUCUGGAUUUUUCUUUCAGCUCUCGAUCGGGCCUGACAUCAACAAGGAAAUCAGCCCACAGCAGCGCCUGCCGUGCACCAGCGUCUCUUCGCAAGGCUUCAAGGCAAACAUCGAGGCUUUGUCAGGGGUUCAGCUGCUCUGCUGUGUCCUGAGGAUCGAUCGAGCCAGACUGGUCGGUGCCAUGGAGCCCACAUCAGCCUGGUCCUGAGCGGCACAGAGAGACACCAUCCUGGCCUAGAGUCCACUCCUGCUCCAACCCGACAGACAGAUAGACAGACAGACGCACCGCUGAGAGCGACAGACAGGCACACAGCCAAGUCAUGGAGGCGAUAUGGCUCUAUCAGUUCCGGCUGAUCGUCAUCGGGGACUCCACGGUGGGCAAGUCGUGUCUGAUCCGGCGGUUCACGGAGGGCCGCUUCGCCCAGGUAUCGGACCCGACCGUCGGCGUGGACUUCUUCUCCCGGUUGGUGGAGAUCGAGCCCGGCAAACGGAUCAAGCUGCAGAUCUGGGACACCGCGGGACAGGAGCGCUUCAGGUCCAUCACCAGGGCUUACUACCGUAACUCAGUGGGUGGGCUCCUCCUGUUCGACAUCACCAACCGCCGCUCCUUCCAGAACGUCCACGAUUGGCUGGAGGAGGCUCGCAGCCACGUCCAGCCCCACAGCAUCGUCUUCCUAUUGGUGGGCCACAAGUGUGACCUGGAGUCAAAGCGCCAGGUGACCCGCCAGGAGGCAGAGAAGCUGGCGGGGGCGUACGGGAUGCGCUAUGUUGAGACGUCGGCCCGUGACGCCAUCAACGUGGAGCACGCCUUCACCGAGCUGACCAGAGACAUCUUUGCCCUGGUGCGGUCCGGCGAUAUCACGAUCCAGGAGGGCUGGGAGGGUGUGAAGAGUGGGUUUGUCCCCAAUGUGGUGCACUCCUCGGAGGAAGUGACCAAGAGUGACCGCCGCUGUCUAUGUUGAUCUGGGAACAUUUUUGGGACUGAAGGUGAAAAGGGGAGGGAUCCAGGAAGGAUUCAGAGAGUGGAGUGGCUGACGGACUGAGGUGUCAGCUGUGUGACUGAGACUGUUGGUAGCCCUCUGUUGUUCUUUGUUCAGACUGGAUACAGAGGGAAAUGUUUGAGGACGAUCCACGAAGGUAGAAGGCGGAGAAGAACACCUUGAAUGUGGGUGGAGAGCCAAAGGGUUGUGCCCAUUUCUGUUUAAUUUCUCAGAGAGGAAGGAUCGCACAUGCUCAUUCAAUUGCGAGGGCUUCCAUGAUUCAGUUCCUUGGUUUUGUGUUUUUUGAAAAAAUCCCUCCCUGAAAGUCUUAGAAAGGCCUUAGAAAGAGGAUCCAUUUUGGUUCUCCGCCAAAAUAUGACACUCUGGACUAAUCUUUCUUUCUCCCAUCAUCUCGCCUCCCACUACUUCUAACCUUCUCCUCUCCUCCAAUAUGCAAUUACAUGAUCACAUAUGAAAUGAUCACUUUUAUGUUGAUAUCCAACAUCCUCCAAGCACAUAUCAUUUGAAAAAAGUUUAGUUGGCACCCUUAGAUUUAACGUCCCUCGUUAACAAGAGUCGUGUUUCUUUUGUGCUGACAUUUUUCUCCACAUUCCACCACCAGAGGUCAAUGGAGGAGUUCUGGAGGUCCUAAAUUUAUCAAGGAAAGACAGAUUUCCUUCCUGGAGCAGAGAUUUUGUUGCCAGACACCACAUUAUAUCAUUAUUUAUUUCUCUUUGAAGCAAUUUAGGCCUCCAGUGAGCUCAAUGACAUUGACUACAUGGUUAUAUCCACUAUCAUUCUGCUAAAUACCGCACUAUAAUAAAACAUCGUCAUCCAUCCAGUUCCUAACGGACUCCUUAAGCAGGAAGAGACAACGUGUACAGCUGAACUGAACGAGGUGGACUUGGACUAGCGUAACAACUCCUAACUAUCUGCCUUUAACUGGGGACUUGUUAAGGUGGACUAAUAGGAGUGUUGGAGCUAGAAAGCACCUUAACAGCCAAGUCCACCUCAACAAUGGAGCCUCAUUUUGGACUUCCGAAGGGUGCAGAUUAACACAGUGGAGAUAAUUUAUUUCUUGAAAGCAACAGAGAGGGACCAGACCACAGACUCCACAAAAGAACCACAUUAUCCACAAUGCACGGACAAUAUAAUCAUGCAAAGAAAGUCAAACUGGCAGAUAUUAACUCAACCCAACACAGAUAUGGAGAAACUACAAGGUGAAAUUUGCUCUGAGCAAGUGGUUUAUAUGCCUUUUUUUAUGUGUGUGUGCAAGUGUAAUAUCUCCUCAAUCCUUAAUUUUCUUUUAAUACACUCCAAUGCUACAGGUUGAUGUGUUCAGCGAAGUUACUCUGGAAUUUUCUGCAGUUCAAAGAUCCAAAUUACACAAAGAAACUACAUGUGUUUUGGGUGGAUCGGGUAGCUACGUGAUACCAUAAGAGGCCAACUGUAAAUGAAACCUUGCAGGGCAACACAUUCUCACUCCGACCUUGUCACAAAUCGACGUUUGGUCAUGGACUUUCCACAUCGAGGUAG